UUCCUUGUUAUUCAACGCAUUUCAGGUCUCGUCCGCUCUGUUGUAAACUCUAAGAAAGCCCAAAAAUAGAUCUCCCUCUCUCUCUCUCUCUGAAACUCCAAUUCCUAAGAAUCCGAUUCCUGUUCCAAUUCCGAUUCCGAUUCCGAUUCCGAUUCGUUUCUCCCAGGAAUCCAAAAUCCGUUAACAUAGCUCUUUCUUUGCUUUCAUGGACGAUCCUUUUCAGCUCUUUCUAAGAUUCAUAUUUUGUGAUCCGAUCCAGUGGAUAAUUUCCGAGAGCUUUGUUAGAGAAGUGAUUUGUGGAGUUUCUUAACAGUUUGUUCAACACUUGUUAGUGCAUUGGUAAUGCAAUCAGUUGACGAGGACCAUAAGAAGAAAAAGAAGAAUCUGAAGCGUUCAAGAUCGACCAAUUGCGAUAUGCCUGUGACUGACUCAAACGUUGCACCUACUCUUGAUAACUGUACUUUUUUCCCGGUUGAAGAGAUUGUGCAACACCCGUUGCCUGGUUAUGUUGCGCCUACUUCAAUCAGUUUCAGUCCUGAUGAUAGUAUAAUAACUUAUUUGUUUAGUCCAGAUCAGACUUUGAACAGAAAGGUCUUUUCAUUUGAUCUCAAGACUGGCAAACAAGAAUUGUUCUUUAGUCCCCCAGAUGGUGGGCUGGACGAGAGUAAUAUAUCACCAGAAGAGAAGUUGAGGAGGGAAAGACUGAGGGAGCGUGGGUUGGGAGUGACACGGUAUGAAUGGGUGAAGAUGGGCUCAAAAAAGAAAUCAAUUAUGGUGCCUUUGCCAGCUGGGAUUUAUUUCCAGGAGUUUUCUUGUUCAAAACCAGAGCUCAAGCUUCCAAGUGCAUCGUGUUCACCUAUUAUUGAUCCGCAUUUAUCCCCAGAUGGCACAAUGGUUGCGUAUGUAAGAGAUUGGGAGUUGCAUGUUCUCGAUCUCAUGCACAAUGAAUCAAUACAGUUGACUUAUGGUGCCAAUGGAAACUCUUUGACUCAUGGCCUUGCUGAAUAUAUAGCUCAGGAGGAGAUGGAUCGGAAGAAUGGGUACUGGUGGUCGUUAGACAGCAAGUAUAUUGCAUUCACACAAGUUGAUUCUUCUGAGAUACCUCUUUUCAGAAUUAUGCACCAAGGUAAAAGCUCAGUUGGUUCAGAGGCACAGGAAGACCACGCAUAUCCUUUUGCCGGAGCGUCAAAUGUCAAAGUUUGCCUUGGGAUAGUUUCUGCUGCUGGUGGUCCUAUUACUUGGAUGGAUCUUUUCUGUGGAAGAACAGAUCAGGCAAACAGUGAGGAGGAAUAUUUGGCUAGAGUCCACUGGAUGCAUGGAAAUAUUCUCAUAGCUCAGGUUUUGAACAGGUCUCACUCCAAGCUAAAGAUCCUUAAGUUUGAUAUUAAAACAGGCCAAGGGAAAAUCAUAUUGGUAGAAGAACAAGGUGCAUGGGUUAAUUUACAUGACUGCUUCACACCUCUAGACAAAGGAGUCACCAGAUUUUCUGGGGGAUUUAUCUGGGCGAGUGAAAAAACAGGAUUUAGACAUCUUUAUCUGCAUGAUGCAAAUGGGACUUGCUUAGGACCUAUAACUGAAGGCGAUUGGAUGGUUGAGCAAAUUGCUGGUGUAAAUGAGGCUGCGGGGCUUUUGUAUUUCACUGGAACUUUAGAUGGGCCUUUGGAAUCUAACCUUUACUGUGCUAAACUAUUCAUAGAUGGAAACAAACCCCUAGAGCCGCCAGUGAGAUUGACUCGUAGCAAAGGAAAACAUGUGGUUGUGCUUGAUCAUCAUAUGCGUACUUUUGUUGAUGUCCAUGAUUCUCUUGAUUCUCCCCCUAGGAUUUUGAUUUGCUCAUUGGAAGAUGGAAGCCUAAUCAUGCCUCUGUAUGAGCAGCCAUUUACCAUUCCAAGAUUCAAAAGGCUUCAACUUGACCCUCCAGAGAUAGUUGAAAUACAGGCAAAUGAUGGGACUACAUUGUAUGGGGCUUUAUAUAAGCCUGAUGAAACACGAUUUGGACCUCCACCAUACAAAACCUUGAUCAGCGUGUAUGGCGGUCCGAGUGUACAGCUUGUUUGUGAUUCUUGGAUAAAUACAGUUGACAUGAGAGCACAGUAUCUUCGAAGCCAAGGCAUCUUAGUAUGGAAGUUAGAUAAUAGAGGAACUGCGCGACGUGGACUCAAGUUUGAAGGCUCUCUAAAAUACAAGGUUGGUCAGAUUGAUGCUGAUGAUCAGCUCACUGGUGCUGAAUGGCUUAUCAAACAAGGGCUAGCUAAAGCUGGCCAUAUUGGGUUGUAUGGAUGGAGCUAUGGCGGAUAUCUCUCGGCUAUGACCUUGGCCAGGUUUCCUGAUGUCUUCCGGUGUGCCAUUUCUGGUGCCCCUGUAACAGCCUGGGAUGGGUACGACACAUUUUACACUGAAAAGUACAUGGGAUUGCCUUCCGAGAAUUCGUCAGGUUAUGAGAACAGCUCUGUGAUGCACCAUGUGCACAAGAUGAAAGGGAGGUUGUUACUUGUGCAUGGCAUGAUUGAUGAGAAUGUACACUUUAGGCACACUGCGAGGCUGUUGAAUGCUCUUGCGAUGGCUGGGAAGCCUUACGAACUCUUAAUUUUCCCAGACGAACGACACAUGCCACGCCGGCAUCGGGAUCGAAUUUAUAUGGAAGAGAGAAUUUGGGAUUUCAUAGAGAGGAGUCUGUGAAGUUACAAGUUUUUGUUAAUAUCUUUGUUGUUGAAAUGGAGAAAAUUCUGGGGGCCUUUUUACUGUUUCAAAAUUUAUUUUCUUGGUUCUUUCCAACUGAGUUUGUGUUUCAUUUCCUUCUAUAGCCCUUGUAAAGAAUGGAAGAGCUCUUUGGCAUAUUUCAGUCCUUUGUAAUAAGUCAUAUGGUGGAAUUUGUGUAUCGAAUCCCCACAUAAUGGAAAUAUUCUGUAGGAGUCAUUACUCUC